UUUGGGGAGGGCAGCGGAGGGGAGGGGCCAGGCGGCUCUCCCCGCCCCGCGCCGGCCCAGGCCCCCUCCAGGCUCGGCCCGAGAGGAGGGCGGGCCCAGGCACCUCCCCCGAUCGCGGGCCACCCGCCCGGCGCCCCCGCCCGCCAGCCGCGGGCUCCGGCGCCCCACGCCCAGCCUGCAGCCGCUGCUCGGCCCUGCGGGCUCACCCUAGCUUGACUCCCCGCGAGGGCUGCAGGGAGGGGGCGAGGAGGAGGAGCCGAGGAAGAGCGAGCGGGAGGAAGAAUCAGAAAAUGCUAUUCUGAGAGGCACUGCCGAGGUCAGCUGGACCAUCUCUCUUAUAUCUCCCUGAGAUUGUAGGAGUAGCCAUGGCUCUGAGUGAUGUUGAUGUGCAGAAGCAGAUUAAGCAUAUGAUGGCUUUCAUUGAGCAGGAAGCCAAUGAGAAGGCAGAAGAAAUAGAUGCCAAGGCUGAGGAAGAGUUCAACAUUGAGAAAGGACGCCUUGUGCAAACCCAACGACUGAAGAUUAUGGAGUAUUAUGAGAAGAAAGAGAAGCAGAUAGAGCAGCAGAAGAAAAUCCAGAUGUCUACCAUGAGGAAUCAGGCAAGGUUGAAAGUCCUGAGAGCCCGAAAUGACCUCAUCUCAGAGUUGCUGAAUGAUGCAAAGCUAAGUCUCAGCAGGAUUGUGGCAGACCAGGAAGUCUACCAGGCACUGCUGGAUAAAUUAGUGCUCCAGGGUCUGCUUAGACUGCUGGAGCCUGUGGUGAUCAUACGCUGCAGGCCACAGGACCUCUUCCUGGUGAAGGCUGCAGUGCAAAAAGCCAUCCCUCAAUAUACGACGAUCUCCCACAAACAUGUAGAAGUUCAAGUUGACCAAGAGGUGCAACUGGCUACAGAUGCAGCUGGAGGUGUGGAGGUCUACAGUGGCGAUCAGCGAAUAAAGGUUUCCAACACUCUGGAAAGUCGACUAGAUCUCCUAUUCCAGCAAAAGAUGCCAGAAAUACGAAAGGCCUUGUUUGGAGCCAAUGCCAACAGAAAGUAUUUUGUAUAAGACUCUGGAAAGUGAGGCUCAUGUGGAACUUCUAAGCCAUAAAAGCAUAAGUUUUUAAAGCAAAGGAAACUAGUAAUAUCUCUUUCUCUUUUUUGUUCUGGUAUUAGUCUAUCUUCAUGAAAUCUCCUUUGACGAGCUAGUGGCAUUAUACUUUGGAAUAAAACCUGACCUAAUGCUUA